AUGUGGCUGAUGGGGUCUGGGAAACGUGGCGUCAUUGUUGAACCGAAAAUCCGAUCGUCACGCGACUGUCAACCGUACGGUGCUGACAAUAGGGGCUGCCCGCCGAUGUCGAACUGUUCAGCUAUCCUUGAAAGGGCCGCGUUCCGAUUUGAGCUCUAUCAUCGGGCUGUAGAGUUGACAUUGCUCGGGCGUUCCGCAUCACCGGUGCCCGUCACGGGCGGCUGUCCACCUGCUAAGGUGGUCACCAAUAUGAAUGUAAUUAGAGGUUACACGUGUGUGUACGGU